AUGAAGAUCGCUGCUCAAGUCACUAUCGCCUUCUUGGCUGCUGCGACGUUGGCUCUGCCUGUCGACACGGAACAGCGCCCCAUGAUCGGCGAAGUCGGCUCUCAAGCCCAUCCAGCGGUGGCGAGUGGAACGCCUGUUUCUCAGUCUUCGUCGCCGAAUCAGGCUUCUCCUUCCAAGUCCAACGAUGACCUGAUAGCGGCUCUGAAGUCCAUAUUCAACGACAAGGAAAUGUCGCAAGUGGGCCUAGGAAAGGGCUGCUUCUGCGCCAACGGCUCCAUCUGCUGCAAUACCGCGAAAGGACUCGACUGUACACAAGGCUUGUGUGGUAUCUGA